CCCGCGCUGUUGCCAGGGGAACGGCCCCGCGCCGGGUGAGGCCCAGCCUGCCUUGGCCUGGCACGGCUUUACAGCCAGCCGGUCCGAACUAAGGCUCGGAGGCCCAACCUCGGUCCGGGAUGGAGCCAGGCUCCGGGACGCGUGUCCUCCGAGUCCGGGGGACUGCCUCUGCCCGGACGGUCUGAAGUGCCGCCGCCCUGGGGAGGGUGGACGGGCAGGACGGGGCCGAGCCGCUGGCUGACCUUGGCAGGCCGCAUCUGGCGCAGCUGGGUGUGGUGGCACAUGCCUGUAAUCCCAGUACUCAGAAGGACGAGGCAGGUAGUCAAGACCAGCUAUGGCAACAUAAUGUUUUCAAGUCCUCGAGCAUCACUGAGCAUCUGCUAUAUACAAGAUGAAUAUCUGCAACAAACCCUCCAACAAGACAGCCCCUGAGAAGAGUGUGUGGACAGCGCCUUCCCAGGACAGUGGCCCUUCCCCAGAACUGCAGGGCCAGCGGUCUCGCCGGAAUGGAUGGAGCUGGCCCCCUCACCCACUCCAGAUCGUGGCCUGGCUGCUCUACCUCUUCUUUGCGGUGAUUGGCUUUGGGGUUCUUGUCCCGCUCCUGCCUCACCCCUGGGUGCCUGCUGGCUAUGCUUGCAUGGGUGCCAUCUUUGCUGGCCACCUUGUGGUGCACCUGACUGCGGUCUCCAUCGAUCCAGCAGACGCCAAUGUGCGGGACAAGAGCUAUCCUGGGCCCCUGCCUGUCUUCAGCCGCAGCCAGCACGCACAUGUCAUUGAAGACCUGCACUGUAACCUGUGCGACGUGGACGUGAGUGCGCGAUCCAAACACUGCAGCGCCUGUAACAAGUGCGUAUGCGGCUUCGACCAUCAUUGCAAAUGGCUCAACAAUUGCGUGGGCGAGAGGAACUACCGGCUCUUUCUACACAGUGUGGCAUCUGCUUUAUUGGGUGUUCUGCUCCUGGUGCUGGUGGCCACAUAUGUCUUCGUGGAGUUCUUUGUCAACCCCAUGCGGCUUCGUACCAACCAACACUUUGAAGUCUUGAAGAAUCACACAGAUGUGUGGUUUGUAUUCCUGCCUGCUGCCCCUGUGGAGACCCAGGCUCCUGCCAUCCUGGCACUUGCUGCCCUACUCAUCCUUCUAGGCCUGCUUUCUACAGCCCUGCUUGGCCACCUGCUUUGCUUCCACAUUUAUUUAAUGUGGCACAAGCUUACCACCUAUGAGUACAUCGUACAGCACCGCCCAGCUCAGGAAGCAAAGGAGACCCACAAGGGGCUUGAGUCAUGCCCCCGGAAGAUGCGGCCCAUACAGAUGGAGUUUUACAUGAGGACCUUCAGCCAUGUGCGUCCAGAGCCCUCUGGCCAGGCCAGGCCAGCAGCAUUAAAUGCCAAUCCUUCCCAGUUUCUUGCCACCCAAGGCCAAGUGGAACCACCACUGCCCUCCUCCUCCUCAGACACACUGGCUCUGCCUCCACGGAUCCAACCCCAGAAAAAGAGGAAGCGGCGUGUGUAUAGAUUGCCGAGGUCUGGGGUCUUGGACCGGGAGCUCCCGCUGCCCAGGAUUGGAUAG